UCUCUUAGUUUAUUUUUUCUUUCUUUUUGUAUAUAUGUAUGUAUAUUAUUAUACUGAGAGUAUAUGUGUUUUAUUUUUGUGUAUAUCUAGUUCCUCCAUUAAAUAUAAGACUGCUUGGAGCGCAUACACCACUAUCGGCAGGACGUCGAUAUGAUCUCUUGUGCCAAAGUGCUGGCUCUCGACCGCCUGCUGUGAUAACGUGGUGGCAAGAUGGACAACGAUUGGAGAAAACCACAGAGACGACCUCAAGUGAUGGAAAUCAAACAACGAGUACAUUGUCAAUAACACUAAGCAGAGCUGAUGCUGGAAAGUAUCUAUCUUGCCGAUCCUAUAAUCAUGCAAUACCAUCCGAGCCAUUAGAAGACGGUUGGAGACUCGAUAUUCAGUACGUUCCCGAGACCUACGUUCGUUUGGGCACAUCCCUUGACCCCAGCUCGAUACGAGAGGGCACAGAUGUUUAUUUCGAUUGCUUGGUAACAGCCCAUCCGAUUGUUUACAAAGUCGAAUGGCGGCAUAAUUUACUUUUAUUGCAGGGAAAUUAG